AUGGCACAAACCCCGUCAACCACAGUCUCCCUACUUAGCGAUGGUGACCAGAACAUUGCACGACAGCCCGAUGAUUCUGCUAAUACAGAUUUGAGCGUUUCGAGCGCUAAGUUGACCUCACCUUCCGGGUCAACAACCGAUCACCCUUCGCAGUUGCACCCGGGUAAUCGUCGUCAUGACACCGAGAUGCCGACAAACUCGUGGCCUGAUUCUCAUACACCUCAAACCGAGAGCGAACUCCAGCCAACGCAGCUAGGUCAAAAGGAAACCCAGGCUCGCGUCCCACAACGUCAUACUCAUGGUUUCCGGCACUGGGCGUGGGAGGCUGUGAAUGCUGUCCUGCUCCUCAUCAUGAUCAUCGCCACGAUAAUCACAUUACGCAUGCAUGAUGGACAACCUGUGCCGGAUUGGCCGCUUUCCAUUUCCAUCAACGCUCUGAUCUCCACAUAUGCUUUCGUCUUCAAAGGCACCAUGGCUCUUAUUCUGACCUCAUGUAUCGGUCAACUUCAAUGGAGCUGGUUCCGCGCUCGACGUCCUCUUAAAGACGCUGCUCUGUUCCAAGACGCGGGGAGAAGUCCCAUAGCGCAUUCAUUUCGCUUCACUAUUCUUGGCAUUGCUCUCGACCCGUUCUUCCAACAGCUCGCACAACUGACCAGUUGCACUGUUCUAUCAGCGAGUGGACAAAGACCAUUUGUACCUCGAACGAAUUUCCUCAGCAUAUCGGGAAUGGAUGAGUCAGGCGGAGGCAUCCCAGUCGAUCUGCCGGCAACCCUCGCUUCAGGUUAUUAUGAACCACCAAAGCUUUCGAACUUCGAUUGCUCUACUGGUAACUGCACGUUCCGCACUGACUACAGUACACUCGCGUUCUGUACCAAAUGCCAAGAUAUUUCGGAUAAAAUGGAAGUUCAAGGUCUCUGCCGUGAGGUAUUUAAGUUUCAGAACGGGACGGAGUAUUAUUAUCCUCUAGGGGCAGGAAACAAGUUCCCUCCUAUCAUUGAUUGUACAUAUGAUUAUUCUCUGUGCGAUGCCCUCUGGGUGGAGGGGGACAACGUUGAUUCAUACCAUCAAUGUAACGUGACGUCAAGCGUCGAUUCGAUCUGGUCAGCCUCCUAUUUCGUGGAUCCACGAGACAAGAGUAAGGAUUCCCCCCAGCAGCUUACAAUAAAUUCAAAGUUGCGAAUGAAUCAAGAGGUGGCUGGGUUAUCAUCCGUAUCGUGGCCAAAUAACAUCAGCCUGGGCUAUGAUUAUGGCAUCAUCUAUGCUAAAGACCCUCUUGCUCAGCUGCCCUCAGAGGGCUGCGAGAAAGAACUGACAAACAACACAUGGAGCUGUCGUGGCUACGGGGCAGCAACCUGUUUUAUUCAGCCGUGUGUUCAAACUCACACCGCCGACAUAAACUCAGGUCGGUUUGACGAGACCUUAAUUGAGUCAUCAACAGAUGUUCUGUGGGCCUCGUCAACUUCAUCGGUAUACUCAGCCCUGAGCAUACUUGACAAGUCUUGCAUCUCUGACGAAGAGCGCGCUCAGCUCAUCACCGCAGGUUUUGACUUGGAUGGCCACGGCCGCUGGCUUGCUUACGGUCUAAACCUUCGGCCACCUGGCGUGCCUCCAGGUGACUCGACACCGCCACCGGAGCCUUGGUUGCUCAAGCGUUGUGUUUACCAUAUGAAUGAAACAUUUCUCCGUAUCCUGUUUAUGGAUGUUCUUCCCGACAUCUUAGAAGGCGCGGUCGUCAAUGACGCCCCAAGUCCCCAGCAACUACGAGUUUUAUAUAACGACGGCAAAAUUAAUAUGACGGGCAUCACCUCGGCAUUUGAAAACGUUGCACAGACCUUGACGCUUUGGGUUCGGACAAAUGGUGAUCCCAAUUAUAGUGAGCCGGUGAUUGGGCAAGCCUUCCACGCUGCCACAUGCAUACAGGCCAACUGGGUUUGGCUGACACUACCAGCAGUGGUAGCCUCGCUGACGUUGAUCGUACUUGCCCUUACGAUCUCUAUAACGCAACGGCGUGGGCUACCAUUGUGGAAAUCGUCGCCGUUGGCUUUUCUAUUUCACGGGCCUGGUGGAUCGCAUUGGGUUGACGAGGCCAUCAUGGUGGCCCCUCCCCGCCCAAAGGCGAAAGCAACCGAUCUCAGUACUGAGGCUGGAAUGGAGAGUAUGGCGGCCAGGAUUUGGGUUAGCCUCGAGGGCGGAGACGUUGCCCCAAGGCUGCGACAGGUCGGGAUGAGACGAAACAGCGAACCUUAG